AUGGAUGUCUCUAUGCUUUUGGAAUGUUUUAGUGGGACAUUGGAGUUUGACGCCAAUGUCAGAAACGCCGCUGAGUCGCAGUUAAAACAGGCAAGUAAAUCUCCAGGAUUUCUUGGAGCCUGCUUAAGUAUUAUCUCAUCGAACGAAGUUUCUGAGAAUAUAAAACUCGCAGCGUCUCUCUACUUUAAAAAUGAGAUAAGGAACGGAUGGACAUCUCCAAUUGCUGACUUGUCGUCAAGACAGUCAGAAAAAGCACAUGAAAUUGAUAUCGAUGAGCGGCCCAUUGUCAAGGACAUGCUUAUAGAAACCAUGGUCCAUGUCUCAAAAAAGAGCCCACAUUGUAUCAAGGUGCUGAAAUCUGCUCUUGAGACCAUUAUCAGCAGUGAUUAUAGUAAAGGCCUGUGGAACGAAUUGCUGCCCAAAUCUGUGCAAUUGAUCUCCACGGGAGAUCUCGACGUCGCACAUGUCGGGUUAAUUUGUCUUUCUGAACUGUUUAGAACUUACAGGUGGAAGGAGAAUGACGGAAGACAAGAGCUGGAAAAAUUAAUUAUAGACUAUUUUCCAAGUCUGCUAGUGUACGCCAAUGAUGUCCUUUGCAAGGAUGGUGAAAAUGUUAACGAACCAAAGGCUGGAGAGGCAUUGAAACUAAUUUUGAAAAUUUACAAGUUUGUUACUUACAACGACUUGCCGUUUGUUUUGCAGAGGGAUGAAUACUUAAUACCGUGGGCCAACUUGUUUGUAAAAAUAAUCCAAUUGCCGUUGACGGAACAGAUUUUGUCUAAAGAUGUUGAUGUGAGAAGAACAUACUCCUGGGUUAAGUGCAAGAAAUGGGCGUAUGCCAAUCUUUACAGACUUUUUCAAAGGUAUGCUUCUACCUCUUUAUCGAGAAAGUUUGAAUAUGGCGGUUUCAAAAAAGUAUAUGUGGAACACUUUCUACCUAAUUUCCUGCAAUUGAUAUUCAAUCAGAUUGAGCAGUGGGGGGCAAGGUUGCUAUGGUUAAGCGAUGAAUCCCUGUAUUAUAUCCAAAGUUUUUUGGAACAAUGUAUAUCGCAAAAACCAACUUGGCCGCUAGUGAAACCCCAUUACGAAACUAUUCUGGAACAUGUCGUUUUUCCUCUUCUGCGCUUAAACGAGGAUACAUUGAAUACGUUUGUUAACGAUCCUCAGGAGUAUAUCCACAGGAAUUUAGAGCUUUGGGACAACGAUUACUCUCCAGACCUGGCAGCGGUUUCUUUAUUAAUCACUGCUGUAAACAAACGGGGUAAAACUACCUUAGCACCAACGUUGAAGCUUAUUGUAGGGAUAUUGCAAAAAAACCAAAGUAACGAUAUUCAAUUGAACAAUGCUUGUAACAUCGAAUCUGCUUUGAAAAUGCUAUCUUGCAUUAUUGAUAAAUUAACUGACAAGAACUCUCCAUUUGCAUCUGAUUUAGAAGGUACAUUGGUAUCUUUUGUGCUACCCUUUUUUGACACACCAUAUGGGUUUUUGAAGUGCAGAAUCUGUGAUAUUAUUUCCAAGUUAGGCGAUAUCGACUUCAAAUCUCCCACACUCCUUCCGCAGAUUUACGAAGGAAUUUUACAGUGCUUAAACGAUUCGAGCGAUACCUACCUGCCAAUAAAUUUAUCUGCCGCGCUUGCAUUGCAAACAUUCAUUCAGGACCCAUCAUUCAAAGAAGCCUUGAAGCCUUCAGUGGUUCCCAUUAUGCAGAAACUACUGAGUAUGUCGAACGAAUUCGAAUCGGAUUCGAUAUCAGGUGUUAUGCAAGACUUUGUGGAGGAAUUUUCCGAAGAACUACAACCUUUUGGUACCGAGUUAGUGAAUAGUCUGGUCCAACAGUUCAUGAAGCUAGCAGUUGAUCUAAACGAAGCUUCCAACUUCGAUCCAAAUACUCUUUCGAGCUCCGAAGCUGUCCCGGAUGAAACAGAGAAACAUAUGGCAGCAUUAGGAGUAUUAUCUACAAUAAUCUCAAUCUUGUUGUCCUUUGAAAACUCCUUAGAGAUUGUUAAGAACUUGGAACAGUCUUUUUAUCCAGCCGCUGAGUUUAUCUUAAAAACCGAAAUGGAAGACUUCUAUCGGGAAUUGAGCGAGUUUUUCGAGAACUCGACAUUCUUAUUGAGAUUCAUAUCCCCUAUUACUUGGAAAAUUUUGGAAUUGGUUGGCGAUUGUAAUAAAAGGAGCGGUAUGAUCGGAUUUUACCUGGAUGAUUUUUUGCCAAUGCUAAACAAUAUUCUAGUUUACGGUGCUGCAGAACUGAGACAAAGUGACCUUCAUUCGCAAAUCUUAUUUGAAAUUUACCAAGCUUCUGAAAUCAAUUCGGAGAGCAGUCUAGAUGAGCUAAACACUAAGUUUGAUUUGUCACAGAAAAUGAUGAUUGCACUGGGUACGCCCCUUUCAGGCGAAGUCCAAACUCAAUUUUUAACGGAUUGCUUAGGGGUGAUUGAAGCAGAAAGAGGAACAUUAAAAAAGAGCAUUGUCUUUGGUGUGACGUCCUUUAAUGUAGUUAUUGCAGGUUUUAUUAUCAACCCAGCUCUAGCACUUGGUACAUUGAACAAAUUUAUUUUACUCGAAAUGUUUUUUGAAACAUGGCUCACAUCCUACGCUCCAAACUACACAAGAACUUAUGACAUCAAACUUUCUAUCAUGGCCAUUCUAAGUCUUUUCACCAACCUUCCUCUAGUUGCACUGAAUAACGCAGGCCUCUCUGGCAUCAUUUCAAAGUUAGGUGAUGGUUUGGCAAACCUACUAGUUAAGUUCCCAAUGGCAGAGCGGGACUUGAUGCUGAAACGUGUGCAAUUUACCCAGACGGAAGCUUACAAUGAAACCACGAUAUGGGACGACGAGGAUGGAGAGGACGAGGAAGCCGAAGGUGAGUUGGACUUCGAAGGUGAUCAGGACGAUAUUGCCAAAUACCUAAGCUCGAACAACGACGGUGCUAUCGAGUUUGUCAACAACUUUAGUUUCGAAGGCGGUGAAUCUUUUGACGAUUUGGAGGAAGAUCCGUUAACCAAAUCUGUCAUCGACGAUGUUAACGUAUAUUCUGAAGUAAAAAACAGUAUCCUGCAGCUACAGCAAUCAGACGCGGAAAAAUAUCAGCUAGCAUUUGGAGGCCUGAACAAAGACCAGCAGCAGUUGCUUCUGCAAACUGUCCAACGCCAGUAA